AUACAACUGUUCACUCUUCGUACACAGGUUGUCGUGAAUGAUCCGAACCAAUUGGAGGCGAUCAGGCAACGAGAGCUCGAUAUAACAAAGGAGCGCAUCCAGAAGAUCUUAGCCGCUGGUGCGAAUGUGGUGUUAACAACCGGUGGAAUCGACGAUUUGUGCAUGAAGUAUUUUGUGGAAGCUAAUGCUAUGGCUGUUCGCCGAUGUAAGAAAAGCGAUUUGAAGAAUAUGGCCAAAGCGACUGGCGGUCAGUUGAUCGUCAGCAUGUCCGACAUGGAGGGGGAGGAAGUGUUUGAUACUUCGAAAUUGGGCCAGGCAGCGGAAGUCUCCCAAGAACGUAUCUGUGACGAUGAGCUCAUCAUACUACGUGGUCCCAAAGUACAUCCCUCGGCAAGCAUCAUUUUGCGUGGUGCCAAUGACUUUUAUGUAGACGAAAUGGAGCGAUCCCUCCAUGAUGCUAUUCUUGUCGUGAAACGUGUGUUGGAAAGCAAAGAAAUCGUUCCCGGCGCGGGAGCAUGCGAAGCAGCCAUUUCGAUUUUCUUGGAAAACUACGCUGUAACCUUGAGCUCCCGCGAACAGUUGGCCGUCGCCGAGUUCGCCCGGGCCAUGCUGUCUAUUCCCAAACAACUAGCAGUCAAUGCUGGUCUCGACUCAACUGAACUGGUCGCUCGUCUUCGGUCAUGUCAUAACUCAAGUCAAUGCAAGAAGGAACAAGCCUAUUAUAAGUGGUACGGUCUUGAUCUGGACAACCAGCGUGUGAUGGACUGCAUGACAACGGGUGUUUUUGAACCCUUGAUUUCCAAGAUCAAAAGCCUGAAGUUCGCAACCGAAGCUGCGAUCACUAUUCUUCGUAUCGAUGACCUCAUCAAGUUGAAAGAAGAAGAAAAACCUCCUCACGGAUCUGACGAUGAAUCUUACAACUAUUAA